AUAUCUUUAUUCCCUUUCUAUUGUAGACCAUGCAUAUUCCUGCAUAUGUAUGCGCGCUCCUGUGGCAAACACGGAUUAACCCUGUAAAGUCUGUGUACAUGUACAGCCUGUUUGGAAAUUACUGUCGUGUUAAGAUCAAAUAAAUCUCCUUUGGAUGAAGAUGAUCGGAUGCUGUGGACCAACACCCCUUGAAGAAAGUUAGAUAUUGGACUCUUAUACAGUCCCUUUUUCAGUCAUACUUCAAGAACAUAAGAUUCUUGGCUGAUUAUGGUGAAGGAAAUGCAUUCUACAAUAUAUUCAGGACAAAACUGACAUCAGUUUCAGGACAAGUGUGUACUGACAUCAUGGCUCAUGGACACAGAACUUGCAUGGUACUGUGGGACAGAUAUCCACUAACUGCAGUUGUACUUGGAUUUUUUUGUUUAAAACAUCCAAACACUAACUACACUACAGGCCACUAAAACACUGUUGUUUCCAGGCUUAAGUGCACGACUUGAAACCAUUAAAAACAUGUUUUAUGUUGAUUAAAAAUUGCUAAAAUGAAAUUACCAUGCAUGCAUGAGCUGGUUUUGUUCGCAAACCUGGCAACCCUACAGGCUAUAGCCUACUUCCUGAGCUCCGCCAUGAUCUGCGCUUCUCUUUGUGAGACGGAAAAUGAGAGUGAUUAUAUUUUACGUUACUGGUAAGGAGCACAAGGUUAUGUGUAAGAAAAUCAAAUGACCAUAACGGAAACGUUUAACAACAAUAACGACAAAACAGUCGUUAUUGUUAAAACAAACUUGCGAUAGUGAAAGUGAAACUGUCGAACAUAAAUUUAUGAAAUGUCUUAUUACGAACGCUAUUUAAACUUACUUGUCUUAACAGGUUUUUGUUUUUUCACAUUUGGAGAUAAUUGUGGUCCCAGUGAAUAUGAAUCUGGACAUGGAGAAUGUUGUCCGAUGUGUAGUAUGGGGUUAAUGGUGCUCGAAGACUGUACUAAUGAUUCGAGUACCUCCUGUAAACCCUGCAUUCCAGGAACAUUCAUGAGUGAACCCAGUGGUCUUCAUAAAUGCUUCGAAUGCAACCACUGUGAUGAAAGUCAAGGUCUUUACAUCCAGAGUAAAUGCACUACAACAAAAGACACCAUCUGUGAUGUGCUUGAGGGUUAUUACUGCGAGGUUUACUCCAAUUCACAGUGCCGCCAUGCUAAAAAACACAGUGUUUGCAAACCAGGACAAGAAAAAAAAAAAGAAGGGACAAAGACUUCUGAUACAGUAUGUGAGAACUGCACUUAUGGGUUUUAUUCUCCAUCUGGAUUGAACUGCAACAAAUGGACAGACUGUGCAGCCAGAAAUGAGAUUAAAACAGAAGAUGGCAGUCCUGAAAAAGAUGUCACAUGUGUGGCGAAAAGGGAAAGAUAUGGUCUCCUAGCAUUACUUACCACUCCUGUAAUAUUUGCAGCUGUUCUAGCAGAAUUGUACAGAAGGUCAUGCUCAAAAGUUCAGAAGGUCAAUAAUGGUAACAAAGGAUGUAGGUUAGAUAUUCAGCCUCCCAUUGAGGAAACAGACUCUGGAAAAAAGACAUCAGGCCAAACAUUAGACGUUGUUGUGACGAGUACUUCCCGGCUGUAAAUAAAACUUCUUUUCUACAAAGAGCAACUUGGAAGUCAUGUCAGGUAUAUGCAGCACAGCCAUGAAAUAGAAGACUACUUGUCAGCAACCGGUCGUAAACGCCUAAAGUGUGGAGUGUGUCCAGAUUCGAAUGGAACAACUGGGGAAGUGUUCGCCAAAAAUGACAGAAUGUGCUGGACAAGAUAAUCCACCAAAAUUGCAGUGGUUCUGAGAUCAGCGGUGAACAGCUGUUACGGACCCGCUCCCCCUGUGGAACACGACUACACUAUGGCCCCUUCUCCAGGUCAUUUGGAUGCUGCAGCAGAGGGUGUGGAGGCAGUUCCAGGAUCAAGCUCUAACAGGAAGCCUCAUCUUAUUAAUGAGUUUUUUCUUUAUUGCUGUCGUGUGUCUGCAAGCCUAUAAAAGAAGGUCCUGGCAGAUAUCCUGGCAGGACUUUUGGUCCUGCUGGAGCCUGGGGACUGAUGUAUGGCAGAUAGAAAGACUGCUUGAAAAUGCAGGAGCCAGACUUGUCAUUCCUCAAUUUAAAAGAGCAGCUCAACUCACAAAAGAGGAGACAAAACACACACAAGAAAUAGCCUGUUUACGGAUUGUGGUGGAGAGAGCCAUUCAAUGAAUUAAAGAAAAUCACAUCUGGGACUCUACCAUUCCUCUCACCCUCACAGGCACAGUGAACCAGAUCUGGGCAGACUGCUGUUUAAUGUCUAAUUACCAAGGCCCCCUUGAAGUAAAUGAUGACGUUGUUUUGUAUCCACAUGUACAAAAACACACCAACUUACCUACAGUCAAACAUGUAAUUUCAUUACCUAAUUUUGCUAGCGAGAAUAAAGUUUAUAGGCCUA